AUGAUUACGUCAUCAUCAAUAAAUGUUUAUUUGUUUAUUAUUUCUAUUCUUACUCCUUUCAGUCCUUUUCUCUUUGCAAUUAAGGUCCUUAGUUCUUCUCAGUAUGUUCUUUUAUUUAUUUAUUUUUUUAUUUGUCUAUCAUAUUUCGUUUCUUACUAAUGAUAUCGCGUAUGCAAAUGAUUAGAAAUUGACAGAGAAGUUGGUUAAUUUUUUUCUGUGUCUUUAAGUGGGCUGAAAAUAUGUUAUAAAGGCCAUCAUUUUCUUUUGUUCCUUUCGUUUUUUUCAUUCCUUUUCACUCCCCCUUCAUUUUUUUUUCGUUUCUUUUUAUCCCCUUCGUUUUUUUCAUCCCUUUUUCACCUCUCUCUUUUUUUUUACUCCACCUUUAUUUCUUUUAUUACUUUUUAUUCCUCUUCAUUUAUUUUGUUCUUCCCUUCACUUCUUUUGUUGUUCCUCAUUCAUUAUUUUUUCAUUAUAUUUUGUUUCUUACUCUUUUUAUUAUUAUUGCACAUUCUCUUCGUUUUAUCUUCAUUAUUUCUGUUAUUUCCAUAAAUAAAUAAAUAAUUGUUAAUAUUUAUAUUUUUAAUCAAUAAAACGUAUCUUUAAUUAAUAAAUUAUUAUUAUUAUCAUUAUAAACGCGUAACUUUUAGUAUUUAGUUUGCAAAUAAAAAUUUCAUUACAUU